AUGCGUCUCAUAUAUAGUGUGGAAGCAGCGAAAUAUAUGGGGAAAGUCCGGUUGAUGCACCUUGCAAUAGACCGACUCCGCCAGCGCAAAGGGGGAAUUUCACGUCGAAACCCCGAGUAUGGUGGUAAAAUUACUCAAAUAACGGAUUCCCGAUGAUAUAACAUCUGAUAAUUCAUUUAUCGGUCAUCACAAGGUCCUCAAGUUUUCAGAGUGCCACAUGUUGAAAAGGAACAGACGGGGGACUAAGUAAUUUGGCUUGAAAGGAAAGUUAGUGAACCAUGAGUAGUAAUCAUCCAAUCAGUGAUAGCGGUUCAGACUGGGAUGACUUCCUACCAGCGGGGCUCCAGAGCGACGUCUCUUCAGCCUCCUCCGAAUCUGAACCCGAACCAGCCCCCAAAUCAAACAGAACUUCAUCUCUUGAUGACAAUGAAGACAGUCGCAGCAGGCACAGUUCAAAGACACAUUCGUUGCAAGGAGAUGAGUAUGCCUUCGAUGAUACCAAAGCUGAAUCCACGGAGGAUCCUACCCUAACUCGCUCCUUUCUGAGUGUCCCAGAAGGUUUAGAACCUGGUAAGGGGGGCGGAGAUGGAGCGGGCGUCAGCAAAUCUACCAAAACAGCCACCAAGAGGAAGAGGAGGAAGAGUGGGGCUGGAGGAAGUCCGAGGAGGAGGAGGAAAAAGAAAGUGAAGGAUGCCCAUGAAGAAGGAGAUGAUGAGGGAGAUGAAGAGGAAGAGGAGGAGGGAGAUGGAUCAGGGAAGAAGAAGAGCAAAGGCAAGUCCAAGAGCAAAAACAAACCACCAAACAGGAGGAGAAAUAUCAAAUCUUUCUUGAGAGAGGAUCAGUUGGAUGCUGAAACCUUGGAGGCACAACUCGAAGAAGAGAAGAGAAAACAGAGAUUGGAGGAAGAAAGAAAAAGAAGAUUAGAUGAACAGAAGAUACAAAAGAUGGAAUCAUCCAGUGCAAUUGUAGAGAAAUUACAAGAAGCCGUAGCGACAAUAGCAGCAGCCAUCCCUGUUCUGACUGCAUCAGUAAGCUCCGCCCCCGAGCCUGCCAUCCCUAUCCCUAUGACGAUACCAGUACCUGUACUCAUACCAUCGCUUGCAGAGUGCAUUGUGGUUGAUAGCGGCAGUGACAGCGACAAAGAUGCCCUGAUGAAAGCCCACAAACAAGAGCGAGAAGUAAUCACAAUCAGCUCCGAUGAGGAGGUCUGCCUGGUCAGUGAUAACAGUGAGGAUGAAGCUGAGAUGAACAUGGUCAGUAUCGGCUUGCAUACCAAUGAUGAAGCCAACGUACCAGACAUCCAUGGUCGCGUACUGGUCAACGUCAACCAUCCUCCAGAUGACCCUGAUAUAUACCUCCCUGACCACAUUGCUCGAGCGGUCAAACCUCAUCAGAUUGGAGGAAUUCGGUUCUUGUACGACAAUCUGGUAGAGUCGCUUCAACGGUACAAAGCUAGCAGUGGUUUUGGAUGCAUUCUGGCACACAGUAUGGGACUGGGCAAGACACUACAGUGCAUCGCAUUCAUUUAUAACUUCAUGAAGUACACUAUGGCGCACACGGUCCUGUGCAUCGUACCUAUCAACACGUUACAGAACUGGCUGGCUGAGUUUGACAUGUGGUGUCCAGAGAGGCCGAGGCAUUUCAACAUCUUUGUUCUCAACGACAUGCACAAGACACAAACUUCAAGGGCAAAGGUCAUUGCUGAAUGGAGACAGUCUGGAGGGGUUCUUCUGAUGGGGUAUGAGAUGUAUCGUCUGCUGGCUAGGUCCAAGCAAGCCAGCCUAGGACGACCUAAGAAGAGAACAAGCAAGUCUGGCAAGUCCUCGCCACAAAUCAUUGACAUUGAUGAGAUGGAGGCUGCAGCUGAAAUGGCAAUAGAUAUGAAGGCAGCAUUGUGCAAUCCAGGACCUGACAUGGUUGUUUGUGAUGAAGGUCAUCGGAUCAAGAACAGUCAUGCUGGCAUCUCUCAAGCACUCAAGGGAAUAAGAACAAGGCGGAGAGUUGUGCUGACUGGGUAUCCACUGCAGAAUAAUCUUCAGGAAUACUGGUGUAUGGUGGACUUUGUUAGGCCCAACUUCUUAGGUACUCGUCAUGAGUUUGCCAAUCUCUUUGAGAGGCCUAUCUCCAAUGGACAGUGUAUGGACAGCACACCUUAUGAUGUGCGAUUGAUGCGGUACCGAGCCCACGUCCUGCACAGUCUCCUGAGUGGCUUCGUCCAACGCCGAGGCUUCAACGUCCUCCUAUCUACCCUACCCCCCAAGGAAGAACACGUCAUCAUGGUUCGUCUGACAUCCUUCCAGCGAGGUCUCUACAUCCGCUUCAUGCAGUGCUUCACCGAGGCCGGCGCAGGAGGCUGGUGUUCAUCGAAUCCUCUCAAGGCAUUCUCUGUCGGCUGCAAGAUCUGGAACCAUCCUGACAUUCUUAGUGAUCAGUUGAGUAUUAGAGACAGUGUGAAAGACAAUGUAAGAGACAGUGCAGCGGAUGAACUUGAUGCUGAUCUUGACUUACCUGAAGUACAGGCAAAGUGUACGGGCAGACAGCAGAAAUUACUUAAGAAACCAGCUGAGGAGAGAAGUUCUAGGAGAGGCGAAGGGUCGUCAUCUGGGGGUUACAUUGACAAGGUUCAACAAAUCAUCUCAUUUGAAUGGGCAAGAGACAUCAUGAAGAACUACACACGGAAUAAGCUCUGCAACGGAGGAAAGAUCAUCGUUCUCUUCCACAUCCUUGAGGAGUCGAUCCGUCUAGGAGACAAGAUCCUGGUCUUCAGUCAGAGUCUUAGCUGCCUGUCGGUCAUUGAGAAGUUCCUUGCCAAGUCCACCAUCCCUCAACCUCCGAACCCUCCUCCACUCAUGCCCAGGGAGUGGGUCCGUAACCAGACGUACUUCAGACUAGACGGAAGCACAGCUGUCUCUGAAAGAGAAAAGAUGAUUAACCGAUUCAACUCACCUGAUAACAAAACAAUCAUGCUCUUUCUUCUCUCAACAAAAGCUGGAUGCCUGGGUAUCAAUCUGAUCGGAGCAAACCGAGUGGUCGUCAUGGACGCGUCAUGGAACCCGUGUCACGAUGCUCAGGCGGUAUGUCGGGUCUAUCGGUAUGGACAGACCAAGAAAUGCCAUGUCUACCGUCUGGUAUCAGAUCAAACUCUGGAGAAGAAGAUCUAUGACAGGCAGAUCUCUAAGAAAGGAAUGUCUGAUCGAGUUGUUGAUGAGAUGAAUCCCGAGAUGAACCUGACCAAGAAAGAAGUAGAAUCUCUCCUGGAGUUUGACGAGACCGACAUGCCAUUUGAAGACUUCAGUCAUCUUGCUCCAGACAUCGACGAUCAGGUCUUGAAGAGUUUGCUUCUCAAACACAGUAAUUGCAUGACCAAGGCACCAUUCACCACAGAGUCACUCCUAUGGGAUCGGAAGGACAUGAAGCUGACCAGAGCCGAGAAGAUGCAGGCCAAGAAGAGUUACGAGGAAGAGAAGAAAUUGAAUCUCUCCUACUCCAGACCAUCCUACGCAGCGUUCUAUCCCAAGGGGUCUGGUCCAGGGGGCAUGUCCGUACCUCCUGCAGCUAAAGGAGUACCCAAUAUGAAUUUCAACACAGGACCUGCCUAUCCCUACUUGCCCACAUCAUUGAAGCAGCCAUUGCAGCGACCCGUAGCCAACGUGAGACCAAUCCAAUCCACCCCUGUACCCAGGCAGCCACCUACACCUCACGAGGUCACUCAGAAGAGAAUCAGAGAUCUCAAGAAUGCUGGUGUCACUCUGCAGCGCAUUGUUGCAACCACAAAUAUCAUGCUACCAGGUGCCAAUACAUCUACAGAAUCCACCUCCAUGAUCAGAGCCGGUGAUGCAGUCACCUUCAUCAAGACCAAGAAAGGCAUCUACCUGCGUACUCAUGAAGGUAAGAUCCUGGCUGUCAGAGGUCCCAACGCAGGACCAGGAUCCCUUGGGGCCGUGGCACAGGGAGCCUUCCCCGAUGCAACACCAUCAGACAUGGGUAUGGUUCAAGGAGGAGGAGGAGGGGGAGACGCAGGAGCGGGAGCAUUGGUGGAUGGAGAAGGUAGUGGUAACUAUGGUACGCUACCAAACCUUGCCAAUACGCAGCUAGGACAGCUAUUAUCACAGAGUGUCCCACCCAGGCAGCAGAGCAACAGCUUCAGCAACCCGCCUCUCUCUUUACCAUCUGAAAUCAAACCCAACUUAACGAUGGCAGGUAUGCCCACUACCUCGGGGAUGUUUCCUCCAUUUGCAAUGUCACAGUCAAGUGAUCGUGUCCCUUCAGAUCUGGGUCUGCCGUCAUCAUCCUCCAUGUCUAACAUGGGCUUUGGUCCCUCUAGGUCAUUGGGCUCGUUUCCUCCUUACCCGGUUCCUUACUCCUCCUCCUCCUCCUCCUACACCCCCUCUUACACCCUUGGAAAUACAUCCACUCUAACCAUGGCAACGGAUACUGUCAUGCACUCUUCAGUUGCUGGGACAUCAUCUACAGGGGCAUUGUCUGCCGGGAUGUCGUCCUCAACACUCUCAUCGUUAGGAGCCUCUCCAUCACUCUCAUCUCUAGGAGCCUCUCCGUCAUUCCCAUCCCUUGGCAUGAACUCUACUAGCCUCCCCGAGACCCAGUCCUCCUUCCCUGACCUCUACCAAGACUCCUCUCCCAGCCCAAGCCUCAGCUAUCCAUCCUUCGGCGAUGAAUACUCCAAUACGAGUCAGGGUCCUCUCGACACCAACCCAACAUCAUUGUCCUCUAACCUGGAGACCACCUCCAUGUCUGGGAACCAAGGGCCGCAAGGUUUAGGGUCCAUGUCAAGAGUAGAUGAACCCAUCUCAACACCCUCCCCCGUGGACAAGAGCAGUCUCCUAGCCCUUGCUCCAAGCCCUUCAAACCCAGUUCCAUUCCAACAAGCUGCUAGUAAUUCAAUUCCAGCAGAAGGAAACCAGGUGAACCCUCUUUCAGACUUGAUGUCCCCCUCCCCUGCCAUGAGUGGCGGCACACAGAGUGUGAACCUACCCUCGUCUUUACCGUUUCCUCAAAUGGAGAUGAACUACCCCUACCCGUCCUUGAGUAGGACCAGCAGUGGACCGUCUAACGGUUCCAUGGACUCUACUUCAUCCCUGAUGGACGACGGGUCAGACAUCUCCAAUCUCUCAAAGUUUGUUGACUCCUCCUUCCCCAAUCUCAUGCCAUUUUCAGGGUCCCUCAAUCCCGACUCGGAUGCUAGUAGCAGAUCAAAUAUGUCCUAAAGAAAGAGAGUUGGCCUUGGGAGGAAUUAGCUAUGGAGUAUAUUGAGAAGUGUGCAAUUUACAAUUGGAAGAUUAUUAGGUUAUGCAGACUGUUUAUAAAAGUGGUAGCAGAUUUGCAAACAUUUGUAAUUAGUAAUUAUAGCAGUGAAUGAAAUGCUUCUAAAUGAGCUUUAUGAUGUGAAAAUAUACAGAAUUACACAUAUGUUCAUGUUUUGUGUCUAAUAUUUGUAUGAUGUAUAUUAUUUUACUUUGAUAAAGCUAACCAGUAAAUUCGCGUCAAGAAGGCCUUUACAGGAGGACCUUCGUCUGUUUCAUUUUGACCAAAAGACAACCAUAAAAAUUUCAGACAUGUGAUAAACAAUUCAGAACGGCACAAUUCAGAACGGCACAAUCAUCUCUAAAGAAUAUUUUUGAAAAGUUUUUCCUUGGUUGAAUUUCAUAGUGUUGACCAAAAUGAGAAGAAAACCUUUGUCAGUUUGUAAACAAAUUUAUUGAUGUUUUUAAGGCUUUUACCUCUUUGAGGCUAUGAACCAAACUCAAAAAUACGUACUAGAUAGUUAUACGCUUUCCUUUUAAAGUUAUUAUUUUCUCCUCAUUUGUACAGUACUUAUGUGAGUGAAAGAAUUUUUUUAUUCAACUAUUUUAGUAGUAUUAUCAGAAAAUCAAUGUUUCUAUUCUCCAUUGUAAAUUUGUCGAUAUUUGUCUCUGUCUGAUGUACCGGUAUAUUAAGGCAAAGGACAAUAUGAUGUAUUACUUUAAUACAUACAAGGCAUAUUUCUAAGCUAGUCUAGUAAUCUAUUACCUGGUGUAAGUAAAAUAUUUGAAGUAUGUUUAUGUAUUGUUAUGUAACUCGGAUCUGAUGUAUUCAUAUACGGUUGGGCUACCAAUAUAUCACAACUUUCUGAUCUUGAUUCUCAAGUAGCCAUAUGCAAGGAGCUUUCCUUGUUAUACUUCGGUACUGCUCUUGCCUGUCCUGGUACGGACCAUAGAUGAGCAGUUUCUAUACAAGAGUAUCUAUCAUUUAGGAGAUAUAUAUGAGCUUUAUUUCACUCUUGUUUACCUUACUAGGUUUUGUACAUACUGCUAUUUCAAACAUAUCUAAUGGAUGAUCGUCACAGAACAGUAUUUGAAUCAUGCUUGUGAAUAUUGGUAAAAGGGAUUAAUUGUAGCAUACUUGUAGUGUUUUAUCAGUUUUUAUACGAUAUGCAUGUUAAAAACUCUUUGUGCAAGAACGUUUCUUUCUGUGAAAGUGGUAUUUUAUGGCCUCUUUUUGCCUCUCGCCAAUAUGUAAUUUGAGUCGAUUUUUCAUUUUUAAUCUCAAUGUUAUAUUUGUAUUUACUCAUUAAUUUCCAUGAUUUCAUUUUAAGACUUAGUCCAUAUUGAUCAAGUUGGUAGACAAUUUUCUAGUCCCAUCAGCGGUGUAUUAUUCUUCAUAUCUCCUGUAUUAUUUGGCAGAAGACCCUACUGAAGUAAACUCUGAAAUAAAUUUCUCUUUCCUUUUGUUAUCAUUUUGAUAUGCUUGUACAUGUACUUACAUUGUUUAGUGAAUAUGAAAGUAUUUCCUCUUAAUGAAUAUAUUAAUGUCCAAAGAGUGGUAAAUGAUAUUUCAUUCUUUUUUUUAAAAGUACAUCUCUAUUUAUUUAGAGUUGAAAUACCUUGAAGUAAAAGAAUGCAUCAUGAUUUUGCAGUAAAGUUCAGCUUUCCUUGGAAUCAAAAUUACUUUGCCAUUUUUCUUUUCAUUACAUUUUCAGAUAUCAUACUUGUUUAAGACCAAGCCCUGAAUUAAAAACUCUAAAUCAACUUAUUCAGUAAUGUAAGCAGUAUUUUAAACAUAUACAUACUAAUGUGAUUGAAUCCAAAUGCCAUUACUUAAAUCGAUUCAAGCAGUUAUACAUUCUGAUACGCAUACGGUUUGUUUACAAUACAGAAGUCAUGUCCAAAGCAAUAUGAUAUGUAUUUUGUCUCGUGGCACAGAGACAAGCAGCCACUUUGUUUUGUGUAGAUAUUCAGCCGACAGUAAAUCUGAAUGUUUGAUAAUGAAAGACCAAAGGAGGGUUGAAAGCUGUAUAUGAAACGACACAAAGUUAGCAGAUAUGUGCUAUUACAAGAAGUUUAUUUUAUCGUCAAAUCAAAUAUUAUUUAUCGUCUAGUAUGAGUUGCUUUCAAUCUGAGGGAUAUGCAAAAAAGCACCAACUGACUUUUCUGUGCAAAGGUAUAACAAAUAUAUGUUUUGUUCCAUGAAAAACAAAGAAGAAGUUGUGAAGUGCUUAACUUGCCAAAUUUGAAUAAAUGUCCAUUAUUGAUAUUUGAUUGCCUAUUACAUUGUUAAAUUCAAUCACAGCCAUAUUACCGGUAAUGAAAGUAGGAAGUUAAAGGUUAAAAAAAAAAAUUUUAGGGCAAAUAUGGCAGAUAUUAAUUGGAAUUGUAUAUAUUCCUUGACUGUAUGGUGAGCAUUCUCUGAGGAUUUGUAUGAAUUCAGUUACCAGAUUGACUUUAGUUUCAGAAUGUAGAUUUAUUACCAACCAUAUGAAAAUUUACAGAUUUCAUCACAAGAUGCAAGGAAUAGGUCAAAGCAUUCAUAAAUUCUAAUGUCAAACGCGACCCUGCGAUAUUUCUUUUGUGCCAAAUCAUACUCCUCCCUGUCGUCGCAUUCACAGCUGGUUUUAUUUCAGUGAAGGUUAUUCGACUUAAAUUCAUGGCUGAAUCUAAUCAAAAGCAUAUUUCUUGCAUGAAUGGUACAUCCUUGCUUGCUGCUAUGUCUCAAUUAUGAAUUGUCAGUGUGAGUGCUCUUGUACAUGCCACUCUUAUCUAUAUAGACAUUAUUAUGUGAGAAAAUCAUGUAUGUGCUGCUCAAUUGUCGAGUAACACCUCGAUUACCCCAACGAGACCGACUUUAGGUCAAAAAUAAACUGAACGUAUGAAAUUACAUGAACAUGAAUGGCCAUGAAUAGGUUGGUUUGGACUCGCAAGUUGUUGAUUCGAUGUUGUGAUGGGGUAUAGCUUGUACAGUACGUCCCAG